UACGAAGUUGGUUGUUUGGUCUGCUGCUCAUUCACUGAUAUUAACACAGGACAUUAGUCUAAAACUGAAUUAUUUCUUGUUUCUGCUGCAGAUUUGUGUAAGAGAUGAAGGAGGAAUGUGGGAGUUUCCUGUCUGUGAACGUGGUGACAGUCAACGUGUUAUUGAGUGUCUUCUUUUAUACAGGUGUUUUUGCUGAGUGUUAUAAGGACCCACAUCUCUUCAUCACUGUACCAAAGCAGAUGGAAGCACUGAGUGGAUCUUGUUUGCUAAUCCCAUGUAACUUUAGUGAUAGAUCAGGAGAAAUGUUGGAUGGCAACAGAGAAACCUUUGGGGUGUGGAUUAAAAGUGACCCAGAAUAUGGAAAUAAACCAUAUAAUAUAAUUUUUAACAGCAGUGAGUCAGAAAAUCCCUUUAAUAUGACAAUAAUUGGAAACCUGAAACAGAAAAACUGCACCACUUUGUUUUAUAAUUUAAACUCAAGUCAGUCAGACACAUACUUCUUCAGGAUUGAGAACGAAGCGUUCAAGGCAACAGCUUCUUGUGAUCCUGUUAAUAUAACAGUUAAAGAUUCUCCUCAGAGACCCAGAAUAGAAAUCUCAGGUGAUGUGAAGGACCUGAAGGAGAAGGAGUCUGUCACUAUAACCUGCUCAGCUUUCACUCCCUGUCCACACUCCCCUCCUGAACUCACCUGGAAUCUCCAACAAGACGCUCACAGACAAACAGAGGAAAACACAGAUGGAACCUUUACAACUAAAAUCCAGCAGAACAUCACUCUGUCACACACACAUGAUGGAUACAACAUCACAUGUUCUGCCAGAUAUCCUGUGGAUGGAGGAAAACGUGUGAAGACAUCAGAGACAGAAGAGACUCUCAGUGUUUCAUAUGCUCCUAAAGACACCUCAGCAUCCAUCAGUCCAUCAGGUUUGGUGUCAGCAGGUAGCUGGGUGAAGCUGAACUGCUCCAGCAGAGCCAAGCGUCCCGUCAGCAGCUUCACCUGGUUCAAGAUCAGCACAGAGGGACCCGUUAAUGUGUCUGAGGGACCGGUUCACAGCUUCAAUGCAACGGAUGGAGGAGUUUAUUACUGUGUGGCUGCAAAUAAACUGGGAAACCAGACGUCCCAAGAAAUCCGUCUUAAUAUUAAAGCAGAGACGUCUCUGAUAUCAGCCCUAGUUCCUGCAAUGAUUGCUGUUUGUCUUCUCAUCUGCCUGCUUUUAAAUGUUUGCUACUUUAAGUACAAACAUCCAACUUCAGUACAGACUCAGAGUGGAAAUCAAACACAGGAAGAAAUAUUUUAUGAAGAAAUGAACCACUUCAAGCACAGACCUGAACCUUCAUCCACCUCAGUGCAGGACAGCAGUCAGCAGCAGGAAAUUCUGUGUUUACAGGUCAACAUGUCUGAGCCAGAAAAUAGCUCAACACUGACAGCUGACGUCCCAAAGGAUCACAACAUUCAGAGUCAAACAAAUGACAAGCUGGAUUUUCUAAUGCCAGCCUAUAAAACAAAUGAAGAAUGCCUUUAUGAAGUUAUGAACUUCUUCGAGCGGAGACCUGAACCUUCAUCUGUCUCAGUGCAGGACGGCAGACAGCAGCAGCAGGAAGAAAAGAAGAAAGAGUCAAAGCCAGAUAGCAGCUUAACACAGACCACCAAUGACCCAAACCAUAGAGGUCUUGUUUGAUUACAUGUAUUUAAUUUUUCUUUGACAGGUAAAUAAUUUAGUUAGACUUUAUAAAUAAUCUGUUGUUUUAACUCCUCCCAGGAAGCUUUAAACCUCAUCUCCCUGCAUCUUGCACGGCUUUGUCUCUCAUGAUAUUAUCAUUGUUCAUGCAUGUGUGCUUACUGUCAUGGUCUGUUAACUUUUGCUUCUAGGUUAGCUUCCUGUUAGAUUUACAUUUUUAAUUUUGUAUUAUUUCCUCCAUCUGUUCUCUGGUUUUCAUUUUAGGCUGUCCUUAAGUUCAGGUUAAGUUUCCUGUGUGUUGGUCUUGCUUCAGGUUUUUUUUUAUCAGAGUUUAUCCUAAUGUGUAUUCUGUUGUCUUUACUUUCUGCUCCUGUUACACACGGUUGUCAGUUGAUUGCCACACCUGUCACUCACACACACACACACACGCACGCACGUACACACGCACGCACGCACAAGCACGCACGCGCACACACACACACACACAGGUGUUUUGCAAUUUAUGACUAAUAAGGCAUUCUUUAUCCACGUGAAAACGCUCAGACACAUUUGAAAUGCUGUCAGGAGCAAAACCAAAAUGUGGAGAUCUGGCCUCCGUCUAUGAAGCCUUGCUGGCCAGUCAGAGGGAGGACAAUGUUUGGACUAAGCUGGAAAAAUUAACCAGAAAUCAGGUUGCCACAAGACCCUCUUUUCCAGAUUUGACCUCAGCAGAACUUUCUGGUUAAAUAAAGAAAAAUACUAUAACUACAUGUUGUUACUCAGUGGUGUGUGUAUGUAUAUAGCUUAGAAUUACAGUGUUUUGGCACUUUAGCAUAGCAAAGCUAUGAGGAAUGUUUUUAUUUUAAAGCUGCAGUUUUAUUUAAAUGUCAGUAGGUGGCAUCAUAAACUUGUUAAAUCUGUUUACUUCAGUUACUGCUGCCUUGUUGUGUACAUAUUUUACCUAAGCAGGAGAAGUGCUGCUGUAAACAUUGAGUUAUUUUAUUUAAACUCAUCUAUAUAUGCUUCAGACUAUAAAAUUAUCUACCAGGAAAAAGUAAUUGUUAUUAUUAUUUUUUAUUGUUUUUUUAACCUCUUAAAAUUGAUAAGUUAUAAGCUUCUCUUGGUGGCGAGUCAUAAAAUAUGUGCUAUAUUUGUAUUUCAUUUCAAAUCUAAAUCAAAUCAAAAGUUUUUAUUCGGUUAAAUAAAAGAAU